GACGCUAAAACCAGCCCCUGCUUAAAACUCUUCAGUUUCACAAACUCAAAAGAACUUGACAUAGUGUUUCACAACAAGGAGGGGGAGGAACAAAAAACAAUGGUUGUACUAACAGUUUUGUUCCUGUUGGGAUCACUAUUUCUCUGUGGUCGUGUGGAGGCCCAGUCCUCCAUCACUGAUGUACUAAAACAGGCUACACUCCAAUGGGAGGGAACUCUGACCUGUGAAAAGUGGGACUGCAAUUGUACUUUCCAUCGUCAGCGUGGCUGCUGCUGUGCAGCCAAUGAUCUGUACCAAAUAGAGGAGGAUACCUUCAUAAAGAUUAAAUAUUUGUGGCAGGGUAUCAGCUCACUGAACAGCAGAGUACAGGCGCUCACAGGCAUCAAGGUUGCCUUCAAAGCCACCAUCGACCCAAAUAUUGCCAUCAUACUUCCUGGAUAUACUGACCACUGCUUUGGUCCAUUCAACACUAAUGUGCCAAUCCCCUACUCCUCCAUCACUCUUAACGAUGGCAAUGGAUACAACCCUGCCUUGGGUGUCUUCACUGCCCCUUCUCCUGGUGUUUAUGUCUUUUCCUUCACAGUCUACUCAUUUGUGACAAAGAAUGAACGCCUCUACCACAAAGUCCAGCUGGUGAAGAAUGGGAAGCCGGUGGUCAGUGUGUGGGAGGACAAUCGAGAAGAUAAUGAAGACAGUGCAAGUCAGGUUGCUGUGCUGGAGCUGCAGAGAGGUGACCAGGUCUACAUGGAGCUGAUGUAUGGGAGGAAGCUUUGUAAAGACCUGCAGUACAAUAUCUUUACUGGUUACAUGCUGUACCCCUACACUGCUGAGUAAUACACCAGCUACUUAAACUUUCUGACUCCAGGGCCUGUGAAUCUAUUUAUCCUCGCUCAACUGAAAUCCUGAUUCAUGAAAACAAACUAAUGUUCUUUGUCACAUACUGAAAGUAGGUUUGUGACCUAUCGUGGAACAUGCCCCAUAUUUUAAGAACCCCUCCAGUAGAGAUAAACAAGAUAAGAUGUACACUCAUAGACUGACGCAUGUGUAUGCAGGCAUUUAUGAUCAAACGCAAAGAAGGGCACACAUAUUUUUGCAUAGCAUGAAAACAGAA